AUGGGUCACUUCAUCCGCAGCUCGAAGAUGUCGGUGCUAUUCUCCUUGAGAGGGAAGAAGAAGAAGGAGAAGGAUUCACGGAGAGAGAACAUGAAGGACUCCUUGUUGGAUGACGACGAGUCGGCAGUUCCCAAAGGAUGCAUGGCAGUGUACGUUGGGGCUGAGAUGAGGCGCUUCGUGAUCCCGACGAGCUACCUUCGCCUGCCGCUCUUUCGCGUGCUGAUGGAGAGCGCGGCCGACGAGUUUGGCUUCGAUCAGGUAGGCGGGCUUCGGAUUCCAUGCGACGAGGAGGACUUCACGGAGCUGCUGAAGACGACGAAGAAGACGAUGAAGAAUUCAAGGAAGACCUUUUUGUAG